UCCCCAGCAGUCCAGACACUAUAAGAGGGGUGAGCAGCCCCACCACAGCACCUUUGCUAGGCACAACCAUGCUGGGAGCUGUCUGUCUCAUCGUGCUGCUGGGCUACGCCUACGGAUGCGGUCAGCCGGCCGUGCCACCACAGCUGAGCUCCCGCGUGGUGGGCGGUGAAGAUGCUGUAGCCCACAGCUGGCCAUGGCAGAUCUCGCUGCAGUACAGCCGCUCUGGGUCUUGGUACCACACUUGUGGCGGGACCCUCAUUGCCCCCCAGUGGGUGCUGACAGCUGCCCACUGCAUCAGCUCUUCCAUGACUUACCGUGUGGUGCUGGGCAUGCAGGACCUGUCAGAGGAUGACGAGCCCGGUUCUGUGGCCGUGGGUGUGGAGAAGAUGAUUGUCCAUGAAGAUUGGGAUUCCUACCUCAUCAUCAACGACAUUGCCCUGGUCAAGCUGGCAGAGGAGGUGCAGGAGACUGACACCAUCCGUGCCGCCUGCCUGCCGGCUGCCGACAAGAUCCUGCCCAACAACUACCCCUGCUAUGUCACCGGCUGGGGACGCAUCAGGACCAACGGGCCCCUGGCCACGAUCCUGCAGCAGGCUCUGCUGCCUGUGGUGGACUACAAGACCUGCUCCAAGUGGGACUGGUGGGGCAGCCUCGUGCUCGAGACCAUGGUGUGCGCCGGCGGCGACGGCGUCGUCUCUGGAUGCCAAGGCGAUUCUGGGGGCCCCCUGAACUGCCAGCGCGAUGAUGGGAUCUGGGAGGUCGACGGCAUCGUCAGCUUCGGCUCCAGCCUGGGCUGCAACCUGAAAAAGAAGCCGACAGUCUUCACCCGGGUGUCUGCCUACAUUGACUGGAUCAAUGAGAAAAUGAGCACGAACUGAGGACGCCGCAUUGUGGAGAUAGCAUUGUUGACCAAGAUAAAAGCAAAAAAUGCUGA